UCGCACACGCACACCCAGCUGAUCCAUCCCCAAUUCGACCGUCAGAGGAAAAAAAAAGAUCCAUCCCCAAUUCGAGCUCCACCGAACCCUCCUCAAUCCCACCCUCCACCCAACAAUGGAUCCGGCCGCCGCCGCCGCACGGCGGCAGGCGGACAAGUGGAUGAGUGUGGCCGAGAAGCUCCUCAUGGCGAGGGACCUCGAGGGCUGCAAGGAGUUCUCCUCCCAGGCCAUCGCCGCCGACCCCCGUACCCCGGGCGCUGAGGAUCUCUACGCCGCCGCCGACGUCCUCCUCGCGUCCCAGCGCCGCCGACUGCCCAGCGGCCAGCCCGAUCCCUACGCUGUUCUCGGCCUCGACCCUGCCAACCCCGCGUCGCGCCACCCGGACGUCGUCCACCCCAAGUUCCGCCGGCUCUCCCUCCUCCUCAACCGGUCCCACCCCGACCGCCCCUGCUCGGUGUACAUCGCCGAGGCCGCCCGCCUCGUCGCCGAUGCGUGGGCCUUCCUCUCCAACGCCGCACUUAAGUCCGCCCUCGACGCCGAACUGGAUGCCGCCGCUGCACCUCGCGCACCGAUGCAACAGCCGGCGGUGGAGAGGAGGCCGCAGCCGUCGCCGCCUCCACAGCAGAGCCCGGUAUGGGCAGUUCCCCUGCCACGGCCACCUCCACAGCGGAUCCCGGUACGGCCAGCUCCCCAGCCAACGCCGCCUCCACAGCCGACUCGGCUGCAAGCAGCUACCCAGCCUUCUCGGCCCCCACAGCCGAGUUCGAUGCGAGCAGCUACCCAGACACCGCCGCCUCCACAGCCGAGUUCGCUGCGAGCAGCUACCCAGACACCGCCGCCUACACAGCCUAGUUCGCUGCGGGCAGCUACCCAGACACCGCCGCUUCCACAGCCGAGCCCGCCGCAACCAGCUACCCAGGCACAGCCACCUCCACAUUUGAGUCCGUUGCGAGCAGCUACCAAGCUACCGCCGUCUCCACAGCCGAGUCCGCUGCAACCAGCUACCCAACCACCGCCGCCUCCACAACCGAGCCUGCUGCAAGCAGCUUCCCAGCCACCCGCCGGAGCAACAGCUCCGCCGGUGGAGGCUGCCACAUUGCCUGCGUCGACAUUCUGGACAUUGUGCAAGGGGUGCUCCCAUAUUCACCAGUAUGAUCGUCUCUACGAGGCGCGCAAACUAAAGUGCUCCAGCUGCCACCAGCCAUUUGUAGCCGAGGCAAUGGCUGAGCCGCCACCCAUUGUGCCGGGCACUGACAUGUAUUACUGUACCUGGGGUUUCUUCCCGAUUGGGUUCCCCGGGUGCCCUGGCUUUGCGGAUCUGGUCAAUUCCCAGCCACAGGGAUCAGGUCAGCUGAGUGUACCAUGGCUUGGAGCCAACGGUGGCAUGGAAGCCAAUGGUAAGGUUGCUGCUGAGAAUGGUACUCCCAUUACCAUUGGUGCUGCAGGGAAGGAGACAGUGUCAUCUGAACCUUCGCCGGAACCUUUAAUGCACAUGGAAGUGGAAGUGCCACUGGUAACGGAACCUGCGCCAGAACCUUUAAUGCGCAUGAGAGUGGGGGUGCCAGCUGUGCCGGAACCUGUGAUGCCCACGAGAGUGGAGGUUCCAGCCUCGCCGCAACCUGUGAUGCCCACGAGAGUGGAGGUGCCUGCCGCGCUGGAACCUGUGCAGCGUACGAGAGUGAGCUCGGUGAAAGUGGGAGCAAAGAAGCGUGGUCGACCCAAAGGCAGCAAGAACAAGAACAAGAAGAAGCUAUGAGUUGUGACUUGAUAGCGAUGAGGAUGAUUGGCAUGGCAUGAUCAUAGUUCAGACCGGUUAGUUUGGCUAUUAAUUUCAUCCUGUUGUUGUCGCCGACUGAAGCAUUUGAUCUGUAGGUUCAAUACUCAUUUGCUGCUGACAGUAUCUAAAUGAGGAGCAUGGCGACUUUUGUGAUGGAAUAAGUUAUUUGUUUACCGGUAGUCUUUUCUUAGUUGUUGAGUUUUGUGGUCUUUCUUGCCAUUUAUGCUUUAGAUGAUAUAGCUGUUGUAUGCUGUCCAACCUCAUGACUCUCCUGGAGCUAGCUUUGUAGAUCUGAGUUUGCUGGGGAUUGCUCUUUGAUAGUGAGCAAUGUACACUCAAAUAAUGUGCUGCAAUAAUUGGGCAGUCGACCGUUAUGCGUUUU